AUGGUAGAAUGUCUAAAUUCACUGUUUUACGACCUGUAGUUGAGCAUUAUUUUGUCCUUGUGUGAAGCAUAGACGCGAAAAUCAUUCGUCGUAUCGUUUUUAACUUCUCAUGGUUUCUUCUCGGACGACUGUUCACCGCUACAUGGUAUUAAUACACAUCGAGUAACUUAAGUAUAAAAGCUCCGAUGGAGACAACACUAUGGUUCCUGUUACUGCUUCUCUAUUGGUUGAGGCUUACGUCUUGUGAAUACAUUAUCCAGACUUUUGAUGGAGAAAUUGGAGCCGGAAAUUUUACCUAUUUUACCUUGAAGAAAGAAGGAGAAGUAACUUUGAUCCUUGAGAGCAUAGAGGGCGAUGCUGAUAUCUAUGUUUCACAAGUGAAUCUAAAGCCAGAUUUUGAAGAUUAUGAUCUCAAGUCUGCAACUUGCGGCGAAGACAUUGUUACAAUUCCCGGCACUUACAAGAGACCGAUUGGAAUCUCAGUGUUUGGCCACGUACAUGCCCCUAUAUCUAGAUACACUAUGAAAGUGAUAAUGGACUAUUCAUCUGGAGAUGAGAGUGAGAGAUAUCACGGUGACAGUGACGAGGCAGAGGAAUCACUUAUUUGGACAGUAUUUGUCAACAUUUUGAAGCUUAUUCUAGAGAUUCUUUUGUGAGCAGAGUGAUUGAAGGUUUCCUUUCACAAGAACAGAAAUUAUUGUUCUCAGUUUUUUGGCAAUUUAUGAAUAUUACCUUCUUUGCGUCAGUUCACUGGAGCUGUGUGACCUUGCCUUUUGACCUCAGUUGGAGAGAAGGCUUGUUUGCAAGCAGAAAAAGACUUAUGAAGCCUUACAAUAAAAUCAGCUUUAUAUGA